UGGGAUCUGCACUGAAGGGCGCACGAGCUCCACAGUUCAACUCUCGUCUGCCUGGGAGGAGGACUUAAUUCCAAUCGGUCCGAAGCUGAAGCGCGCUGAAGAUGUGAAGUGUGAACUCGGUUCGCUUGCUUACUCUAAAAUAAUUAGUCGGCCGGAACACCGAUGACCAAAUACUCUUGCGAAAUCAAAUGCAUUCUGUGGCAUCCUAUCUAGUAAUUGUGUGAUCAUGAUGGCAGCAGUGCUGUCUACAUCCGGGCAACAAUGCAUUCACUCCAUUAUUGUUACUUCUGUCUGAAACUGGUUAGUCUUAUUAAAUAUUAAGCUGGAAGCAAGAUGUCUAACCAAGGAGUUCGGCGAAAUGGUCCGGUUAAACUGCGUUUAACAGUCCUCUGUGCCAAAAACCUGGUGAAGAAAGAUUUCUUUCGCCUCCCUGAUCCCUUUGCCAAAGUGGUGGUGGACGGCUCAGGACAAUGUCACUCCACAGACACCGUGAAGAACACCCUCGACCCCAAGUGGAACCAGCACUACGACCUAUAUAUUGGCAAGUCUGACUCCAUCACCAUCAGCGUGUGGAACCACAAGAAGAUCCAUAAGAAGCAGGGGGCUGGCUUCCUGGGCUGUGUACGCCUUCUAUCCAACGCCAUCAACCGCCUCAAAGACACCGGCUAUCAGAGAUUGGACAUGAACAAGCUGGGCCUCAAUGACAGUGACACAGUGAGGGGUCAGAUAGUGGUGAGCCUGCAGUCCAGAGACAGAAUAGGCACAGGAGGCCCAGUGGUGGACUGCAGCCGUCUGUUUGACAAUGACCUGCCAGACGGCUGGGAGGAGCGGAGGACUGCGUCUGGCCGAAUCCAGUACUUGAACCACAUCACACGCACCACACAGUGGGAGAGGCCUACCAGGCCUGCGUCGGAGUACUCCAGCCCGGGCCGGCCUCUCAGCUGCAUYGUGGAUGAGAACACGCCCAUCCUGAGCACCAACGGGGCCACGCCCACCAUUCCGUGUGUCCCGUCCAGCGACCAGCGGGCCCAGGAGAGACGCGUCCGCUCCCAGAGACACAGGAACUACAUGAGCAGGACACAUCUCCACACACCCCCAGACCUGCCUGAGGGAUACGAGCAGAGGACCACGCAGCAGGGCCAGGUGUACUUCCUCCACACCCAGACAGGAGUCAGCACAUGGCACGACCCUCGAGUGCCCAGAGACCUGAGUAAUGUAAACUGUGAGGAGCUGGGCCCACUGCCCCCUGGCUGGGAGAUCAGGAACACAGCCACCGGCCGGGUCUACUUUGUGGACCACAACAACCGCACYACGCAGUUCACAGACCCGCGCCUCUCCGCCAACCUGCAUCUAGUCCUUAACCGUCAGAACCAGCUGAAGGAGCGCCAGCAGGCACUGGUGUCUCCAGGUAAUCUGCCAGAGGAGGCCGAGUGCCUCACGGUGCCCAAGUACAAGGACCUGGUGCAGAAGCUGAAGAUCCUCCGCCAGGAGCUCCAGCAGCAGCCCCAGGCAGGACACUGCCGCAUAGAGGUCCGCGAGGAGAUCUUUGAGGAGUCUUACCGCCAGGUGAUGAAGAUGAGGCCGAAGGACCUGUGGAAGAGACUGAUGGUGAAGUUUAAAGGGGAGGAGGGGCUGGACUACGGAGGAGUGGCCAGGGAGUGGCUGUAUCUGCUGUCCCAUGAGAUGCUGAAUCCGUACUACGGCCUGUUCCAGUACUCCCGCGAUGACAUCUACACCCUGCAGAUUAACCCCGACUCGGCCGUCAACCCGGARCACCUGUCCUACUUCCACUUUGUGGGUCGUAUCAUGGGCAUGGCGGUGUUCCACGGCCACUACAUAGACGGGGGCUUCACCCUGCCCUUCUACAAACAGCUGCUGGGGAAACCCAUCACCCUGGACGACAUGGARUCAGUGGACCCAGACCUCCACAACAGCCUGGUCUGGAUCCUGGACAAUGACAUCACAGGYGUGUUGGACCACACCUUCUGUGUGGAGCACAAUGCCUACGGGGAGAUCAUCCAGCACGAACUCAAACCCAACGGCAAAAUCAUCCAGGUCACCCAGGACACCAAGAAGGAGUAUGUCAGGCUGUAUGUGAACUGGCGUUUCCUGCGAGGCAUCGAGGCUCAGUUCCUGGCCCUGCAGAAGGGCUUCAACGAGGUCAUCUCCCAGCACCUCCUCAAGGCCUUYGACGAGAAAGAGCUGGAGCUCAUAGUGUGUGGCCUUGGUAAGAUCGACAUCAACGACUGGAAGUCCAACACGCGGCUGAAGCACUGCACCACCGACACCAACAUCGUCAAGUGGUUCUGGAAGGCYGUGGAGUCGUACGAUGAGGAGCGCCGGGCCAGGUUGCUGCAGUUUGUCACUGGCUCCUCCAGGGUCCCCCUGCAAGGCUUCAAAGCCCUCCAAGGUGCUGCAGGCCCACGACUCUUCACCAUCCACCAGAUCGAUGCCAGCUCCAACAACCUGCCCAAAGCCCACACCUGCUUCAACCGGGUCGACAUUCCUCCCUACGAGAACUAUGACAAGCUGUAUGACAAGCUGCUCACUGCUAUCGAGGAGACGUGUGGCUUUGCUGUGGAGUGAGACGCUGCUGACGCAGGGGUCGGCAGGAACAAGGAGUGGAGGAACUCGACCAUAGUCAGAMCCCACCAUCCAGUUCACCCAGGGGAAGGGGCGUCUGUGGUCCAGUGGCCCAAGGACUCUCUCGCCCACAAUAGGGACAUGUGGCCAGGCCGAGGGGGGGUGGCAGAGGAGACCUGAGCGAGCAGUCUCGUCUGUCUAGGGGUUUCCCCUCACCCCCCUCUUUUAAAAACAAACAUUUUCAGCUGCUAAUAACUCAGACUAUUUACUAACUUGUGGAACUGCAAAAAUGGCUGGCUCUUCCUUUUUUUAAUAAGUUUAGUUUUAGCAUUAUAAAAAAUAGUCAGUAUUCCAUGUAGCUACGCACCAUCUUACCAAGCAGAACAKGAAGUCCACAACUAAACAAAACAUUGGCCACAUAAACAAGACWGGUAUCACUGGUUUGAUGGAGUACAUUGUUACCCAYGGUUACCAACAACACUGAAUGGUGCUUGGUAUGUUUGGAGGCAGGGACUGAAGGGAGCAUGAAGGCUCCUUAGCACCCCCUGGUGACUGAGUCCUUUUCUACUACAGAGGACUCUUGGGGCAUCUAUCUUCACUCAGAGGCUGGACUUUGGAGCACAUGUUCAGAACUUGACCUUAUGGAGAAAGACAUGCAGGGCCCCAUUGUCAACGACCCUGUCCAAAGAAAGCGGGCUGGUUUUCAGCGCUCCAUUCCCAGAAACCAGUGUCACAUGUCUGACAUCUAAGCUUGUUUGGAAAUUUAAAUAAAUAGCUUGAAUGGUGUUAUUUUUAUAUAAUGGGAAAAUUUAAAAAAGAAACACUAAAAUUAUAUAUAAUAUAUAUAAUUUAUUUCUGUUAUAUUUCAGAAAGCUUUUGCCAUUAUUCCAGAAAAAAAAAGCCAAUAUUAAAAGUGUUACUGUUUAAGCUUGAAAGAAGUACACUUAGAUUGCUGUGGGGGAAAUCUUUACAUAGCCUCUUUCCUACACCGUAAGUAGAGAGGUGGUCUUAAGGGUGGGUUGUCUUUAAUACACACAGUCCUCUGAGUGMCAUAAUACUUUUGACUGAAUCUUUUCAACUAUUUAGAUAUUAACYUGACCCUUUAAAUUCCAGUGACAUCAUCCAGUAGGUACUUGUGAUGGGGUAUGUAUGAUGAGUUCCAUAGGCCUUUCUCAUGAUUUCAUGAUUGUUUCUACCAUGGUGAUCUGCUCUGUCCCCACAAAAUAAUGGCUAAGAGUCCCUGCUACCCUGAUGCAUUUUGUUAUGUGAAGAUUACACACAUCUUUUGUAAGUGCUACUCUUGUCAUUCUGGCAAAUAACUACUACUACCUUCCGGUUAUGGUCUUCUGGUGCUAAAUAAGACAGCAGUUUGCUCAAUUCUUUCAAGAUAUUGGCAACCAGUCUUAUACMUGGGGCUGAGAUGGGCGCAUAGCAAAUAACAUACAAAAAGUUGCAAUGAAUUGAACAAACAUCACUCAGACCUCAAGCCACAUUCUCAGGAGAUGUCAUAUUAGUUGUUGUAUUAUUUGGGAGCUGACGUGGUCAGAUACAAAACCUUUUCCUCUGUAAUGGUUGAAUGACUUAUACAGUACAUUAUGUUGAGUGGCUAUAAAGUCCACAUUUGUCAUAUGUAUUGUAACCCAACAGUAGACAUUGACAUGUGAUAGUUGGGGUUCUAUAUCUCCAUAUUGGCUAUAAAUUAAAUCUGAAUGAAUGAGAUGAACCCCCUAAAUCUACUCACCUGAACCUAGCUCUACAAGUAUGGGUUUGGGGGAGAACAUAUUUAUUUUCUACUCAUUCAAACAAAUUGUUGAAUGUUUUCUUCUUCUUUUUUAAAGGCUGCCUGUCUAGCAAUCUAUGACCGUGGACUGUUCUUAAAGUUAGCAUACAUUGAAAAUGAAUUGCUCAUCUUUUUCUUUUAUAGAGGUGUAUGCAAAGUGACGUGUCCUCAGAUGGUGCUUUGUACUGUGAUAGGUUAUUGUUCAUUAAUGUGGAUCACACAACCUGUAAUUUAUCUUUAACUUAAUUUUKUAUUUUUUUCACACAUACAGAACUAUUUGUCGCCGUAUGUACUAGGUGACUUCUAUCUAUUUACCAGAUAGGUCAUGGACUGAUUGAUUUUAUAUCUAAACAUAUUCAUUUACUUUAAAAGGCACAAAAAGAUCCCUCGACAGUCUGUUUCUUACACAAUCUCUCUGCAUUACUCCAUAGCUGCCUCCCUGAAGAAUGGAACUUUUUAUUAACAAGUCAAAUUUUAGAUGCAGCUUUUUGUUGCUUAAUUUUUUUGCAUGAUCCACGAGCAGGACUAUAUCUCUUAUAGCUGACUGAUGCAAUUAGAUGUACUUAACACUAUCAUUUUUGUAAGAGUAUUUUAUUUUUGUGUGUAAUUUAGGUCUAAUUAAACUUGCCUUUGUCAAAUAAUAUGAGGCACCUUGUA